AUGGUGGCCCCAUCUCCGUACCGUACCGCAAUCAUUGAUUGUGUCAAAAGCGGAAUGACAAAUUCAGAGAUCGUUAAAAAGCUGAAAGUUUCUCGUGUUCUUGUUUUUUGAACUGCACAACGCUAUCGGCGUCUCGGUACUUCAGAUGACAUGCAAAGAAGGGGACGUCCACUCAAAUCAGACGCACUCCGGAAAGAAGCAUGAGAAAGAUGGCAAAAGAAUACGAAAUGAGUCAAGGAUCGAUGAGAACUAUUGUCAAGGACAAGCUGAAGAUGAUUCCCUACCGUACACAGAAAGGAGCCUUCCUCAAUCAAAAAAACAAAACUUUUUUCCAAGUUUGGUGGUGUUUGGUUGACUUUUGAGAAAGUUAUAACGUUUCAAACUCGUUUCAAUAUUUAUUGCGCACCCUGUAAUUGUUCGAAGGUAAUGAGUUUGCUGUUUGCGUCUUAUUCAUAUGAAUUUUUGCCUGUUUCGAAAAAAAAUAUUUUUUUGCUGCGUAUUUUACUUUUUUGGUUUGAUUUGAAUUUUUAUAUAAAAUCAAAUUUUCAGCCUGAAACAUGAAGAUUCAAUCGCAGACCGUUUCUACAACCCUUGAGUAAGAUUAUGUCUUUCCGUGAAUCUUCUCAUUUCGUGGUAUGUAGACGAAGACUGCUGUCGAAAGUUCGCGAGUUACAGAUUUUUUCCACACCAUUGCAGUGCUACUGCCGAUGA